UAACAUACGUGGCUCAACGCGGGCAGGGGAAAGGGGGGACGGGGUCAAAGACUAAACCCGGCACAAGAUGGCGGCGGUAGCGGCUGUGGCGGCGCGUAGGAGGCGGUAUUGGCCAGGUUUGGUACUGGCUUGCUUAGGGGUCUGCCUGGGAAUUACCCUUGCUGUGGAUAGAAGCAACUUUAAGACCUGUGAAGAGAGUUCCUUCUGCAAGCGGCAGCGAAGCAUACGGCCAGGCCUGUCUCCAUACCGAGCCUUGUUAGACUCUCUGCAGCUUGGUCCUGAUGCCCUCAAGGUCCAUCUGAUCAACGAGGUCACCAAGGUGUUGCUGGUGCUGGAGCUCCAGGGGCUUCAGAAGAACAUGACUCGCUUCCGGAUUGAUGAGCUGGAGCCCAGACGGCCCCGAUACCGUGUGCCAGAUGUGUUGGUGGCGGAUCCCCCCAUAGCACGGCUUUCUGUCUCUGGCCGUGACGACAACAGUGUGGAGCUAACGGUGGCUGAGGGGCCCUAUAAAAUCAUCUUGACGGCGCGACCGUUCCGCCUUGACCUGCUGGAGGAUCGCAGCCUGCUGCUCAGUGUCAAUGCUCGAGGACUCAUGCACUUUGAACACCAGAGGGCCCCCAGGGUCUCUUUCUCGGAUAAAGUUAGUGUCACGCUCGGUAGCAUAUGGGAUAAGAUCAAGAACCUUUUCUCUAGGCAAGGAUCAAAAGACCCAGCUGAGGGCGAUGGGGCCCAGCCCGAGGAAACACCUGGAGGUGGUGACAAGGCAAAGGAGGCCCAGGAAAAGGCAGAGAAAGAUGAGCCAGGAGCCUGGGAGGAAACGUUCAAAACUCACUCAGACAGCAAGCCAUAUGGGCCUACGUCUGUGGGUUUGGACUUCUCCCUGCCAGGAAUGGAGCAUGUGUAUGGGAUCCCCGAGCAUGCAGACAAUCUGAGGCUGAAGGUCACUGAGGGUGGGGAGCCAUAUCGCCUCUACAAUUUGGAUGUGUUCCAGUAUGAACUGUUCAACCCCAUGGCCCUUUAUGGGUCUGUGCCUGUGCUCCUGGCACACAACCCUCAGCGGGACCUGGGCAUCUUCUGGCUCAAUGCCGCAGAGACCUGGGUUGACAUCUCCUCCAACACUGCAGGGAAGACCCUGUUUGGGAAGAUGCUGGACUACCUGCAGGGCUCUGGGGAAACUCCCCAGACAGAUGUCCGCUGGAUGUCGGAGAGUGGCAUCAUUGACGUGUUCCUGCUGCUCGGGCCCUCUGUCACUGAUGUCUUCCGGCAGUAUGCUAGUCUCACAGGGACCCAGGCAUUGCCCCCGCUCUUCUCCCUCGGCUACCACCAGAGCCGCUGGAACUACCGGGACGAGGCCGAUGUGCUGGAAGUGGAUCAGGGGUUCGACGACCACAACCUGCCCUGCGAUGUCAUCUGGCUGGACAUUGAACAUGCUGAUGGCAAGCGGUAUUUCACCUGGGAUCCCAGCCGCUUCCCCCACCCCCUCACCAUGCUCGAGCAAUUGGCCUCUAAGAAGCGGAAGCUGGUGACCAUUGUGGACCCCCACAUCAAGGUGGAUUCUGGCUACCGGGUACAUGAGGAGCUGCGGAACCAGGGGCUGUAUGUUAAAACUCGGGAUGGCUCUGACUAUGAGGGCUGGUGCUGGCCAGGCUCAGCUGCCUACCCUGACUUCACUAAUCCCACGAUGAGGGCCUGGUGGGCUAACAUGUUCAACUUUGACAAUUACGAGGGCUCAGCUCCCAACCUCUUUGUCUGGAAUGACAUGAAUGAACCGUCUGUCUUCAGCGGUCCCGAGGUCACCAUGCUCAAGGAUGCCCAGCAUUAUGGAGGCUGGGAGCACCGGGAGGUGCAUAACAUCUAUGGCUUCUACGUGCACAUGGCAACUGCCGAUGGGCUGAUGCUGCGCUCUGGGGGCGUAGAACGCCCCUUUGUCCUAAGCAGGGCUUUCUUCGCUGGCUCCCAGCGUCUUGGAGCUGUGUGGACAGGGGACAAUACUGCCGAAUGGGACCAUUUGAAGAUCUCUGUCCCUAUGUGUCUCAGCAUGGGGCUGGUGGGACUUUCCUUCUGUGGAGCGGAUGUGGGCGGCUUCUUCAAAAACCCGGAGCCAGAGCUUCUCGUGCGCUGGUACCAGAUGGGUGCCUACCAGCCAUUCUUCCGGGCACAUGCCCACUUGGACACUGGGCGGCGAGAGCCGUGGCUUUUACCAUCUCAGUACCAUGACAUCAUCCGAGAUGCCUUGAACCAGCGGUAUUCCUUGCUGCCCUUCUGGUACACCCUCUUCUAUCAGGCCCAUCGCGAAGGAGUUCCUACCAUGAGACCCCUGUGGGUGCAGUAUCCUCAGGAUGUGACCACCUUCAGUAUAGAUGAUCAGUUCCUGCUUGGUGAUGCGUUGCUGGUUCACCCUGUAGCUGAUGCUGGAGCCCAUGGCGUGCAGGUCUAUCUGCCUGGCCAAGGGGAGGUGUGGUAUGACAUCCACAGCUACCAGAAGCAUCAUGGUCCCCAGACUCUGUAUCUGCCUGUGACUCUAAGCAGUAUCCCUGUGUUCCAGCGUGGAGGGACAAUCGUGCCUCGGUGGAUGCGAGUGCGACGUUCUUCAGAGUGUAUGAAGGAGGACCCCAUCACUCUCUUCGUUGCACUAAGUCCCCAGGGUACGGCCCAAGGAGAGCUCUACCUGGAUGAUGGACACACGUUCAGCUAUCAGACUCGCCAUGAGUUCUUGCUGCGUCGAUUCUCAUUCUCUGGCAACACCCUCGUUUCCAGCUCAGCUGACCCCAAAGGCCACUUUGACACACCAAUCUGGAUUGAGCGGGUGGUGAUCAUAGGGGCUGGCAAGCCAGCAGCAGUGGUACUCCAGACAAAAGGAUCUCCUGAAAGCCGCCUGUCCUUCCAACACGACCCUGAGACCUCUGUGCUGAUCUUGCGCAAGCCUGGUGUCAGUGUGGCCUCUGACUGGAUCAUUCACCUGCGAUAACCCAAGAGAUGUUCCGGGUUGGGGAGGGAGGUGCUGUGAUGGUUACUCUUCCUUCUACCUUGGAGUUCGACCCUCCCUAGACUUUACCUUUCUUAUCCCACCACCCAGAUUCUGCCAACAUCUGGGCAGGAUGAGAGGGCUGUCCCUGGGCUCCUAACUCCUUUUGGGAUCUCCUGACCUCUCCCACUCCAUUGACACCAUGCCAUUCCCUUCAUCCCCAGCAUCCUGCUCUAACUGGAGCAUGUCACCUGUGAAGGCCUGGGGACCACAGGUCCCUUGCUUCCCCUCUUUCCCUUCCGUGGGGGCCCCUGAGUGUCCUUCCCCAAACCCUAUUCACUUAUGCCUCUGUGUGUUGAUGCCAUUUCUUGGACAAUGAAGGCAGUGAGUUUAGGCCCCUUUUCUCCUUCUCCUUUCCUCCCUAUCAGAGUGUUCUUCCUCCUUUUGUUUCUUUCCCCUGCCUCUUCCUUGUCAGCCCUCCCCUUUUUAUGCCCCACUGAAACACUGGGACCACCCUUACCUGGUAAAGGGUGAAUGGAUCAGAGGAGUGCGUUCGCUGGAGAAUAUCCUCCUCCCUCUCAUCCCCCCCUUUUCCUGUCCCUGGUUCCUUCUAGAGCUGCUGUAGUUCUGACAGGGGCAGUUCUCCCUUCCCUGCCCCUUGGGGGAAAGAAGUUUCCAUUCCUCAAGAGAGGAUGGAUAUUGAACUUCUUUUGCACCCUCCUUGUCCCUUGGGGUGCAUUCAAGAUGGAGAAAUCAAUUGUGGUUUCAUUGAAUCACGGUCACCUGUAUUUAUUGCUGGGAGAAGGCUGAGGGUGGGGAGAGAUGAUCAUGUGUGCCCAGGGUCGGCCCGAAACCCUGGGUGGGGGUGGGGUGGGGGGACUAAUGGGAUGAGGGGGGAUGUUCAUGGGAAUUUUUUACAUCGUCUUGGCCCCCAGCUGUGACAAGUUUUGAUAAAAGGAGAAACAAUAAUAAAGAGAUAAACCAUA